AUGUUCCGAAUCCUUGAAUCCCAAGCUCCGGCCAAACAAACGGCCACGGACACAAUCGAUGUUUUGAGCAGGUCUGAGGAGCUUUGCGAAGCUUUAUCCUGCAUCGGUAGCCUCGGGGGUCUCCGAUCGCUGAUCGGCUGCCUGCACAAUGAUCGGGAAGAUGUGGACACCAUCAAAGUGGUCCUCGAGACCCUGUUGAUGCUGUUUACACCGGAGGAGACAAGUCCCGAAGCGUCAGAUGAGAUUGCACUUUGGCUGGCAGAUGAAUUCACGCAGCGUCAGGACAAUAUUACUACUCUGCUGGAUUUACUCGAGGCUCGAGACUUCUAUUCACGCCUGUACUCUCUCCAAUUGAUGUCCCACAUCUGCAGUGCUAGACCAGAACGAACCCAAGAGUGCAUCUUUACCGCGCCAUUGGGUAUCUCAAGGCUGGUGAAUGUGCUUACAGAUACCAGAGAACCCGUGAGAAAUGAGGCUCUCGUUCUGCUUAUCGCCCUCACGCCCUCUUCGGAAGAGCUGCAGAAGCUCAUUGCAUUCGAGAACGCCUUUGAAAUCAUAUUCUCUCUUAUCGAAGCGGAAGGCGCCCUGACCCUUGGCACCGAGGUGGUCGAAGACUGUCUCACUUUACUCGCCCAUCUCCUGAAGUUCAACGUUUCGAAUCAGUCGUUCUUUCGCGAGACUGGCUGCGUGAAGAAGGUGACGAAACUUCUCCACGAAUGCCAGCUAGAGCCAGCUCAAGAUGAAGACGCUCCCCCGCAAUGGACCCUCGUUCACAGAGACAAGAACGUCUGGGGUCUUCUCGCCAUCAUCCAAUUGUUCCUAAUUCGUGGUGGCGUGGGGACACCCAUGAACCAAACAGCUUUCUGGCAAAACGGAGCGACGGAGCAGGUUCUCAGCAUAGCUUUCGGCCAGAAGUUCAGCGUCAACGUCACGUCCAAGGCCUUGGCAACCUGUGCUGAUCUGAUUCGUGGGAACUCACCAUUGCAGGAGAGCUUCGGAGAUAUUGAAGUCUUAUGGGGCUCCCAAGCACCAAAGGAUAAGACUGCCAAUGGCCAUGCGGAGGAACCAGAGCGCAUCAAUGUCAUUGAGGCAUUCUUGAAGCUCAGCCUGCAGCCUUCUCCUAAUAGUAUGCUGGAUGCACGUCUCGCCGCUUGUGAAUGUAUGAAGGCCUUCUUUGCCCAUCACCCUGGAAUUCGUAUGCAUGUACUCAGGCGUGCUAUCGAAGGCCAUGUCAGCGGACAAGAUAGAAUUCCAAACAUUCUAUCCGUUCUUCUCAUAGCACCAGAUGCGAGAGGCAAUGCCGAUCCCUAUCAAGUCUGGAUGGCCUCUGUUUUGUUGUUCCAUCUGGUUUUCGACGAUGCCGAGGCGAAAGCCACUGCUAUGCAGGUUACAGAGGGUGAUGCCGAAAGUGGUGAAGAGGUUGUCACCAGUGUCCAGUCCGUGGUUGGCAACUUGAUCACUGGCGUGCAACGUGGUGACGAUGAAAGAAUUACCGUGGGUUAUCUCAUGUUACUCUGUGGCUGGCUUUUCGAGGAUCCAGAUGUUGUGAAUGACCUUCUCGUCGAGGGCAGCAGCAUCCAGACACUCUUGCAGGAGAUCAAGCACCAAAGAUCUCCUAGCAAGCUGAUACCUGGUCUUUGCACAGUCUUGUUAGGAAUCAUUUACGAAUUCUCGACCAAGGAUUCCCCUAUCCCACGAGUGACAUUACACAAACUGCUGAUCGAGCAGCUCGGAAGGGAACAAUACAUUGACAAGAUUACAAAGCUGCGAGAAUGCCCCUUGGUUCGCGACUUUGAGGUCCUGCCCCAGACCGCCGCGGGGCAAAUUGAUGGAUUACCUGAGGUCUUCUUCGACCGCUCAUUUGUGGAGUUCCUCAAGGAUAAUUUCAGCCGCUUGAUUCGAGCCAUCGACCGGGAGCCAGGCUUUGAGGUCUCUGUUGUCGCCAAUGGUGUUGAAAAGGGUGUUUCGCGAGACCUUGUAGACUCCCUGCGCGCAGAAUUGGAAGACCGAAGCCAAUCAAUCCAAAAAUUGGAAUCGGAUCUUGUCACUCUUCAACGAAAACUUGACCAAGAACACCUGGAUCACCGGAAGACGAAAGAGUCAGGGUCUUUUGAACUAUCCAAGGCCCAACAGGCACACCAGUCUCUUCAGUCGUCACAUGGACAGGAACUGCAUAAGCUUGAAGAGCAGCAUCAACAUUCCAAGAACGAGCUUCUGAAACAACAUGGCGAGCAACUUCGUGCCAUUGAUAACCAACUCAAGCAGGCCUCGGCUGAAUAUGAGCGAAAGAGCACGAAAGUGCAGGAUCAUCAUAAGCAAGAAGUCGCUAGCAUGCAGAAGACCAUUCGUGGGCUUGAGUCAGAGCUGUCGAAGGCUCGGGAACAGCACGCUGCUGAAGCUGCUGCCUUGAAAAGGACAAUUCAGGAGUUGGAGUCCGCCAUCAGCCAGUCAAAGAAGUCCAACGCAGGUCAAGUCGCAGAUCUCCAGCAAAAGCUCCGAAAUCUGGAAUCCACCCUUGCUUCCACCAAGAGCCAAUACGAGUCUGAAAUCACUGGUUUCAAAUCCAGGAUUGGAUCUUUGGAAUCGAACCUGGCUGGUGUUAGGGGACAGCAUGAGGCUGAGGCUGCUGAUCUCAAGAAAUCUCUUGCGGCCGCCAAGUCCGACCUUCAUAGUGUUCAAGAGAGAUCUACCAAGGAGAUUGAGACUAUUAAGAAGAAUUUCUCGUCUAAGAUGUCUGCGCUGGAAACUCGCGCUGCAGAUGCCGAACGGAAGGCAAAGGAAGCUGAGUCGGUAGCGUUGGAGAAGUCAACGAAGGAUAUUCAAGCAGCCAAUGAAGGUGCUUCAUCCAAGAUCACUGCAUUGGAGACUCGCGCUGCUGAGGCUGAGCGUAAGGCGAAGGAAGCCGAGUCGCAGGCUCAGAGCGCAGCCGAAGCACUCAAGGAUAUCAAAGCCCAACUUGAAAAGGCUCAGACAGAGGCCAAGGAUAAGGAAGAAGCUCGCCAGGCAACCCAAACUGAACUCGACGACUUGCUGAUCGUCUUCGGAGAUCUAGAGGCUAAGCGAACAGAGGACAAAAAACGACUCAAGGAUCUCGGUCAAGAAGUUUCCGAAGCCGAGGAUGAGGAUGAUGACGAGGACGAAGAUGAUGAAGACGAAGAAUAG